AUUAUGACAUCUACCAAAAGAAUGUUUAUUUUAUAAUUGGCAGAGUAUAGAGAUUACUUAUAAAUAUUGCAACCCAUCAUUAAAAAAAAAAAAAGGAAGAAAAACUCUCCUCCCAAAUUCAAUUUAGGGCUCCGGACAAAACCCUGGAUUUCCUCCCGGAGUUCUCUGCAAUACGAGCUUCCGAUUUACCGGACGGGAAAGUCUCCAGAAACGUUCAUUCUCCGUUUGCAGAAAUGUUACUUAAAAUGGGGAUAGCGCUUCGCCGAGCAACCGCUGUCGCGGCAAAUUCAUUCCAAGAAUUGGACCCUCUCAUCGUUACCAUGCUCAAAUCUAGAUUCCAAAAACUCCUCAACGUCGGCCCCUUCUGCCUAACCCUGCCACUCCCGUUCUCCGACACCUACGAUUGCAUAGAGUGGCUGAACAAGCAGGAACCUUCAUCAGUUGUCUACAUCAGCUUCGGAAGCGUUCCUCAGCUGAACCUGAAAGUGUUGCAGCAUAAUUCAGUUGGGGUUUUCGUAACGCACUGCGGAUGGAACUCGGUGUUGGAGAGUAUUAUUGGCGGGGUGCCUCUGAUUUUACGCCCGUUCUUCGGAGAACAGAAUCUGAAUAAUCGGAUUGUGGAGGCUGUAUGGGGGAUGGGUUUGGGGGUGGAAGGUGGAAUCUUGACCAAGGAUGGAAUGGCGAAAGCGCUGGAGUUAAUACUGUCAACUGAGGAAGGGGAGAAAUUGAGAAAGAAAAUUGAGGUACACAAAGAACUUGCUCUCAAGGCUGUGGAACCCAAUGGUAGCUCGACUGAAAAUUUUCGAACUUUGGUAAAGAUUAUCAACAAAAACUAAUUGGGUUGAGUGUACAAUGAGAUACUUACGUUUAAAUGCAUAGGAUUGUGCUUGUGUGCUAGCUAGAAUAAUAUUUAUUUGAUGAUUUUAGUUGUGUGAUGUGUGUACUUUUUUAACCUUCUUGAAUCUUGGUUCAUUUUGUACUCAAUAAAUAUUCUGGUGUUAG